AAAUGAAUAAAAUGGACUCUUCAGCAAUAACUAUGCCUGCUACUGGUAUAACUGGUACUGGCACCACUGCUGGUCUGCAAGAUGCAAAGGACUUGACUCGUCUGGAGCGAAUUGGUACACAUUCGCAUAUUCGAGGUCUUGGUCUGGAUGAUGCGCUUGAGCCUCGUGCAACAUCACAGGGUAUGGUUGGUCAGCUAAAGGCACGUAAAGCUGCUGGUGUGAUUCUAGAGAUGAUCAAGCAAGGCAAAAUUGCAGGUCGUGCUAUCCUUAUGGCUGGUGCACCAGGAACUGGAAAGACUGCCAUUGCCAUGGGCAUGGCACAAGCCCUUGGACCUGAUGUACCAUUUACCAUGUUGGCUGCAUCUGAAAUCUUUUCACUAGAAAUGUCUAAAACCGAGGCUCUUAUUCAAGCAUUUAGAAGAUCGAUUGGUGUACGCAUUAAAGAAGAGUCUGAGCUAAUUGAGGGUGAAAUCGUCGAGAUUCAGAUUGAUCGCGAUGCUACGGGUGUGGGUGCCAAAUCGGGAAAGCUUACUCUUAAAACCACCGACAUGGAGACUGUGUAUGAUCUUGGUCAAAAGAUGAUCGAAUCGCUUAACAAGGAGAAGAUUACUGUUGGUGAUGUCAUUUCCAUUGACAAGGCUAGUGGACGUAUUACAAAGCUUGGCCGUUCGUUUACUAGAUCCAGAGACUAUGAUGCCAUGGGCCCAGAUGCUAGAUUUGUUCAAUGCCCUGAAGGCGAACUUCAAAAGCGCAAGGAAGUUGUACAUACGGUGACACUUCACGAAAUGGAUGUGAUCAACAGUCGCUCACAAGGAUUUAUUGCACUCUUUGCCGGUGACACGGGUGAGAUCAAGUCGGAGAUUCGUGAGCAAAUUAAUGUCAAAGUUGCAGAAUGGCGUGAAGAGGGAAAGAGCGACAUUGUUCCUGGUGUAUUGUUUAUUGAUGAAGUGCACAUGCUUGAUAUCGAGUGUUUCUCUUUUCUCAACCGUGCUUUAGAAGAUGAUUUAUCCCCUAUUGUCAUUAUGGCUUCCAAUCGUGGCAUUACUAAAAUUCGUGGCACUAGCUACAUGUCCCCUCACGGUAUUCCUAUUGAUUUACUGGAUCGUGCGUUGAUUAUCAGCACUUCUCCCUACUCUGAGGCUGAAGUGCGUCGAAUUCUAAGUAUUCGAUGCGAGGAAGAAGAUGUAGAAAUGACUGAGGAUGCUCUGGAAGCGCUUACGACUAUUGGAAUGGAUACCAGUUUGCGUUAUUCUAUUCACUUGAUUACCGCUGCAAAUUUGGUUGCUCGCAAGCGCAAGGCCUCCGAGGUGGAUGUUCAGGAUAUUCAGCGUGUUUACUCACUGUUUCUAGAUGAGGGCCGUUCUGUUCAAUAUCUCAAGGAGUAUCAAGAUCAGUAUAUGUUUAAUGAAGCCAGCCAAAGCACUAUGGAAAUCGACGCUCAGUCCUGAAAUCUUGAUAAAAACAUCACUAUUAAACAAUUUCUUUUUCUUUUGCC